AUGCUUGAUUCGCACUGGGCUCGGCGGCUUUUCGCAGGGCUCGCAUUCGAGACCGACGGGCACGGUUGCAUCAGCAACUACAACAAGAGCAUCGAAUACUAUCCCGGUGAGAGGCGUGCUAUCUUCGGUGUUGUCGAUGGGUUCGCGCCGGCCGUCGCGACGUUCGCCACCGAUUUUGAGAUCGAGUACCGGAAGACGUACAAAAUCCUGCGCAAUCUCCUCUCCCAUGACGUCUAUGUUCUGCGGCAGUGCGGCACGCCCGCCGAGCUGCAAGAUCUGCCGGCGUAUGCAGUUGGCGCGACUGUCUUUGAGGUGCCGGUGUCGAGCUGGUCGACGGGCGGGACGAUUGCCGUCUCGUACCUCGAGGAGCUCGGCCUCGGACCUCAGGCGGCCAUCGUUGAUCCGACGUGGGUGACCUCGCCGUGCGUGCAGAAGCUCGUCGGCUGCGGCGUCACCGCUUCGUGGGACCAGGCGGGAGGGCGCAUCUCGGCGUCGGCCUACCUGAUCGAGGCGAUAGCAAAGGCGGGCGGCACGCCGCUCGACGCGUCCUCGUGCCCGGACGAUGACCCGCACGACUUCAAGUACCUGUGCUCCGACGCGCGCUCGCGAUGA